AUGAAGUUGAACAUUGCGUACCCUGCCAACGGCACUCAAAAGCUUAUUGAGAUUGAUGACGAGCACCGUCUCAAGGUCCUUUACGAGAAGCGCAUGGGCCAGGAGGUCGAGGGUGACUCCCUUGGUGACGAGUUCAAGGGCUACGUCUUCAAGAUCACUGGUGGUAACGACAAGCAGGGUUUCCCCAUGAAGCAGGGUGUUCUCCACCCCACCCGUGUCCGCCUUUUGCUUUCCAAGGGCCACUCUUGCUACCGCCCCCGCAGAACCGGUGAGCGCAAGCGCAAGUCUGUCCGCGGCUGCAUCACUGGUUCUGACCUUGCCGUCAUUGCCCUUGUUGUUGUCAAGCAGGGCGACAGCGAGAUUGAGGGUCUUACCAACACCCAGACCCCCAAGCGUCUCGGCCCCAAGCGUGCUUCCAACAUUAGAAAGUUCUUUAACUUGACUCCUGAGGAUGAUGUCCGCAAGUACGUUAUCCGCCGUGAGGUUGUCAAGAACGGCAAGACCUACUCUAAGGCCCCCAAGAUCCAGCGUCUUGUUACCCCCAGAGCCCUCCAGCACAAGAAGGCCAUUGAGGAGAGAAAGAUUGCUCGCCGUGAGGCUUCCAAGCAGGCUGCCAAGGAGUACCAGCAGCUUGUUGCUCAACGCCGUGCUGAGCGUGAUGCUGAGAUCCUCGAGGCUAAGAAGAGAAGAGCUUCUUCCCUCAAGGCUGCCUCUGCUUCUGCUUAG